GUCAACCUCUCUCUCUCUCUCUCUCUCUCUCUCUCUCUCUCUCUGUGGCAAAAACCUUCAACACACAGAAUUACCAUUUUACCCUUCCUUGCUCUUCCUCUGUUCUGAACAAAAACGAACCCAGUAGUCCCUCUUCCUUUGACUCCAUCACACCACACCCAAACCCACCAGCGCUCCAAUGGACGCGACCGCACUCGGGCACCCCUCCGGACCUUCCGACGACGUCGAUCAGGGUCUAACCGACUUCCAACGCAGCUCCGACCCGACCCUUUUCUCUUCUUCUGCUGCUGCUUCCGGUGGGGCCAAGUACAAGCUCAUGUCCCCGGCCAAGCUUCCGAUCUCGAGGUCCCCCUGCCUCAGUAUCCCCCACGGCCUCAGUCCGACGUCAUUUCUCGAGUCCCCCGUCCUCCUCUCCAACAUGAAGGCAGAACCUUCCCCAACUACUGGGUCCUUUUUGAAGCCUCAAAUGGUGUACGGAUCUCUAAGUUCUACUACAUAUUCAGCAACAACAGUUUGCUCUGAUUUCAAUACCUCAGAUGAAAGAAAUUCUGGAAGCUUCGAGUUUAAGCCCCAUGCUAGAUCAAAUAUGGUUACUACAGAUUAUAACCACUAUGGGAAUGAGCAGCCUCUGCAAAUCCAAGGUCAAGCUCAGCCUCAAUCACACAUGUCACCACCUUUGGCUAAAAAUGAGAUGGCAGUCUCCUCAAAUGAAUUUAGUUUAUCUGCACCUGUUCACACGGUCACUGCAGGAGCUAGUGCACCUGCUGAAGGUGAUUCGGGUGAGUUAACACAGAGGGAACAUCCAAAUCCUGGGGUCCAAACAUCUCAGUGUGAUAACAAAGGAAAUGGGCCUUCAGUAAUAUCUUCUGAUGAUGGGUAUAACUGGCGAAAAUAUGGACAAAAGCACGUUAAAGGGUGUGAAUUUCCUCGCAGUUAUUACAAAUGUACCCAUCCUAAUUGUGAAGUGAAGAAGCUAUUUGAGCGUUCUCAUGAUGGCCAGAUAACAGAGAUUAUCUACAAGGGUACACAUGAUCAUCCUAAGCCUCAACCUAGUCGACGAUAUAAUACUGGUGCUAUGAUGCCUCCUCAAGAAGAAAGAUCUGACAAGGCUUCAUCUUUGACUGUUCGAGAUGACAAACCAUCCAGCAUUUAUGGGCAAAUGUCUAGUAACAAUGAGCCAAGUAGUACUCCUGAGCUAUCUCCUGUCACAGGCAAUGAUGAUAAUGUAGAAGGCACAGGCUCACUGUCAAAUAGGAUACCUGAUGAGGCUGAUGAUGAUGACCCGUUCUCAAAAAGGAGGAGGACGGAUGUUGGUGGCAUUGAUGUCACACCAAUUGUUAAGCCUAUCCGAGAACCACGAGUUGUUGUUCAGACUCUGAGUGAGGUUGAUAUAUUAGAUGAUGGAUACCGCUGGAGAAAAUAUGGUCAGAAAGUGGUGAGGGGAAAUCCUAAUCCAAGGAGCUAUUACAAGUGCACCAAUGCUGGAUGCCCUGUUAGAAAACAUGUGGAGAGGGCAUCCCAUGAUCCAAAAGCAGUUAUAACUACAUAUGAAGGGAAGCAUAAUCAUGAUGUCCCAACUGCAAAGACUAGUAGCCAUGACGCUUCAGGACCAACAACUGUGAAUGUCCCGUCGAGGAUUAGAUCAGAAGAAAGUGACACCAUAAGCCUUGAUCUUGGUGUUGGAACCACCUCUGGUGGCGAAAAUAGAUCCAACGAGCACCUGCAACUGCACUCUGAACUUGUGGAACGGCAAUCUCGCACUAAUUCCAAUUUCAGGGUUGCUCAAAAUACCCCUAUUUCGACAUACUAUGGUGUUCUUAUUGGUAGCACGAAUCAGUAUGGAUCUAGGGAAGACCCAAGUGAAUCACGCAGCAUCGAGGUUCCACCUUUAAAUCAUUCCUCAUACCCAUAUCCACAGAACAUGGGAAGAGUGCUAACAGGUCCGUAAAAUUUCUUAUGAUGAAGCCAACAGAAAUAAGCUGCUUCUCCCCUUCUUUUGGCACAAGCGAAGGUCAAAAGGGCAUCUCAGUUUCAGACCGAAAAUAAAAAAGAGAAACAGAGGUAUUCUUCUUCUUUGUCUAUUUCAAAGAAAGUGGUAUUGUGAUUAGGUGCCUGCUGCAAAAAGCCUUCUCUGUCCAAGUACUGUAUUUGUAACAUUAACUUGUCAGGAAUACUAUGUACAAAUAUGAAUGAGUCCUUAUAUAUAUAUUCUCCGUCUUUGACACCAUGUGUUGUAAUUUAAAUGCUUAAAAUGUUCGAUGAUUAUAAGAAAAUUUUGUUUCUUUUA